CGUAAACUAAACACACCCAGAAUAAAGUUUUUUCAAACCAAAUUAUUGUCGAGGAAUUAAAUUCUUGACCCAAACCCAUGCCAAACAACCGGUACGAGGUGAUCAAAGUUGGACUUUGGCAUGACCAAGAAAGAAACUCGCACCCCAUUCUUCUCCCCCUCUGCAAGCCAACCUAACUAACCGAAAAGCCUUCCUCCCAAAUCCCCCCAUGCCUCCCAAUUCCCACACCUACCCGCCUCACCGCGUCUAGGGUUGCCGCCGCCGCCGCCGCCGCCGCCGCCGGCCACCGACACCUACCCCCCCACCCGCUCUUCCAGGCGCCGCCGCUGCCGCUGCGGGCGAUGGCGCUGCUGGGCGACGCGCUGCGGCAGGCGUUCAUGCCGCGGCGGGCGUACGCGGCGCUGCGGGACGAGGAGCGCGCGCUGCCGCGGCUCCGCCGCCCGCUGGCGGCGGCCGCGGGGGCGUGCGUGGCGGCCGCGGUGGCCGCCGCGGCCGGGGUCAGCCUCGGGAUCGUGUUCCCCGCCGAGCCCGCCGAGCGGCCCUUCUGCCGCGAGCGCCGCAUGCUGGAGGCCCUCCCCGCCGCGGCCAGCAGCAGGGAGGAGGAGCCCGAGGCGUACCGGUACCGCGGCGGGGCCUUCUACAUGACCACCGCCGAGGCCGCCGACUUCUACUGGAUGGUCGUCUUCGUCCCGUCCGCCCUCCUCUUCGCCGUCUCGUCUGCCUACCUUGUAUCUGGCAUAUCUGUUGCAUAUGCUGCUCCAAGAAGACAUCCAUUGAUUUGUGUCGUCGAGAAUAACUUCUGUGCUUCUAAAAGAGGUGGUGUGCGUUGCUUGGCUAUACUAAAUGCAGUUUUUGCUGUCAUAUUUGGUCUCAUGGCAAUUAUUCUUGGAUCAACGCUUCUGGCUCUUGGAAGUAGUUGUUCUGUUCCUCUCUUCUGGUGCUAUGAAAUUACAGCAUGGGGUUUGGUAAUCCUAUAUGCUGGCACUGCCUUCUUCUUGAGAAGGAAAGCUGCGGUGAUCCUUGAUGAGGGUGAUUACACUCCCCACAAUGUGGGUCUAGAAAUGCUGGAGACAACAAUAGAAGUAACCCCAGAGAUGCAGAGGCGAAUUAAUGAUGGUUUCAAGUCAUGGAUGGGGCCGUCUACUCUAUCUUCUGAUGAUGAGGAGGAAGCUUCGGAUGACUAUAUAGAGCACAAUGUGCCUAUCCCAACUGCGUCAGUUCAAGUCAGGCAAGAGAAUGAUCUAGAGAGUUGACUAAUGUAUAAACAGAUGUACAUAGUGCUCCACUUAUUCCUUGAUGUUUGGUAAUGUUUGUAAAUGCUUGGCGUGGGUUUUGACUGCUAACAAGUGAUUUUGUUUGUUCUUUUCCCCUAGAGGAAACAAAUGUUGAGGGUUAGUUAGCCACUGAAGUUCAUACAAGAGGUUACCUUUUUUUCCCUGUACCCUUUCCUGUCAAUCCUUUGCCUUUCCAUUGUUGGGUCAUACGUGUUGGUGGAAGGAGUAAAUAGCAAGCAGUUGGCAAAA